AUGACCACCUCGGCCCCCGAGGCCAACGCUGUCCCCAACCGCAGGUUAGAGGAGGACAUUACUUCGGAGGACCCAACUCAUGUGGGCUCUGAAUCGCAUCGGAUGGCGGUGCUGCGAACCCUGCCAUGGUAUCGUCGCCCAGCCAUAGCGUGGCUGCUACCGUUCGUGUUUCUGGUAUCAAUUGUCUUUGGUAUCUUGGCUGCCUCUCAAGAUCAAGCGGUUAUCCAGAUCAUCUGCAAGGCACACUUUCGGGAUGGCGAGCAGCCCUCAUUUGAAGGUGACAGCGAAGAUAGGUGCAAUACGCCACUAGUGCAGGCCCUCGCCGCUGUCGUGAUGAGUCGUAUCUCGUCGCUCAAAUCUGGCAUAGGCAUCUUCACAAUCGGUUUCUAUACCACACACUCUGACCGUCUUGGAAGGAAGCUCCUAAUGUACUUGACGCUCAUUCCCACGAUUUUCUCACUGCUACUCGUUAUCUACAUGGGACUGCCCAGCAGCGAUCUGAGCAUCGCCUGGCUUUAUGCCGAUGCGCUGGUCGAGGGCUGCCUUGGUGCAGGAUCUCUUCUUAAUGCGGGCCUGAACUCCUACGUCUCUGACUGCACUGCUCAGGAACGAAGGAGUUUGGAACUUGGAUAUGUGAUGGUCGUUCUAUCAGUGGGCGUCAUAUUGGGUCCAGGGAUUGGAGCGUAUGUCAUCAAAGCAACAGACGAUAUCAAUUCAGCCUUGGUCCUCGCCAUCAUAGCUCUGAUCAUUUUGAUUCUAUACACGGUCGCAUUGCCGGAAUCCCGUCGCAAAGAGUUCAUUCCUCCCGCCAUUCUUGGAAGGAUUGUGCCUAGCCCAGACAUGAAGAUGGUCCCAACUCCUUACACCCUGGUCUUGCUGAUGUCAACCUGUGCAUUAGCGGCAUUGUCUAUGAGCGGUAUUGCUACGGUCUUCAUUCCGUAUUCGAACCUCGUAUAUGGAUGGACAACUCUGGAGGAUGGCAUCUAUUUUGGUUUUCUUGGAGCUGCCACGCUUGUUGUUUAUGUUGCCGUGUUUCCGCUGAUGCAUCUCGCUUAUGACCAUUUCAUGGUGGACAAGAAGGCAAAGAAAAGUAUUAGAUCUCAAGGACCAAGUUCAAUUCUACCGGAUACCGCUCUUCAAGAGCGUACACCACUACUUCAGGAAGGAGCAACUAAUGCGGGGAUGGGCGUCAUUAAUGAGGUAUUGGCGGCAGAGAUGAAUCAAGCAACAGGUCCGCCUGCUAACGGAAGCGAAGCGAGCGGCAUCUGGAAGGACUUGACGUUCUUCGUGUUUGGCGCGGGACUUCAGAUUGUGGGACAUGCGAUUGUUCCGAUAUUUGAAAAAGAGGCUGUCCUCUUUAUAGGCAAGGAUACAUGGAAAACGAAUGCUUUGAAUACUGCAGAAAGCACGCAUGUCUUCAGAACACCUAUCUAA